CUUAUCGAAAAGGAAAUGAAAAGGCAAGUUGAAACGCUCGAGACGCUGAAGUACCUCAUCGGCUCAACAGGAGCCAGCGGCUUCGGUUCUAAGUCCACCGCUGAGGAAGUUACCGAGACUUGGCACCCUGGCCUCCGCUCUAUAACCGCCAUCAUCACAGGUGCGACGUCGGGGAUCGGAGCCGAGACGGCUAGAGUUUUCGCCAAGCGAGGAGCGACGUUGGUGCUUCCGGCUCGGAACCUUAAAGCAGCGGAGGAAGCUAAAGUUAGGAUUGUUUCCGAGUUUCCCGAGUCAAAGAUUAUCGUCAUGGCUCUUGAUCUUAGUUCACUCACUUCCGUUCGAAAUUUUGUAUCGGAGUUCGUGUCUCUUAACUUGCCUCUGAAUCUCCUAAUAAACAACGCCGGGAAGUUCGCGCAUGAACACGCAAUCUCUGAGGAUGGAAUCGAGAUGACAUUUGCCACUAAUUAUCUUGGUCAUUUUUUGUUGACGAAACUGCUGCUAAGCACGAUGAUCAAAACGGCGAAGCAAACUGGGGUUCAAGGAAGAAUAGUGAACGUGUCGUCAAGUAUCCAUGGCUGGUUUUCUGGCGAUAUGAUCCGAUAUAUAGGGCAGAUAUCGAGAAGCAAAAGUCAAUAUGACGCGACACGUGCUUAUGCUCUCUCGAAGCUCGCUAACGUUUUGCAUACCAAGGAGCUUGCCCAGAGACUGAAGCAAGUGGAUGCCAACGUGACUGUGAACUGUGUUCAUCCAGGGAUUGUUAGAACCCGUCUCACCAGGGAACGUGAAGGCUUCAUCACAGAUCUGGUUUUCUUUUUAGCUUCCAAGCUCCUGAAGACUAUCCCUCAGGCAGCUGCCACUACUUGUUACGUAGCAACGCAUCCGAGACUCGUAAAUAUAAGCGGGAAAUACUUUGCAGACUGCAACGAGGCAUCGACGUCGAAACUCGGAUCAAAUUCGAACGAAGGUGUGAAGAUAUGGGCUGCCUCUGAAAUCAUGGUUUCCAGACGUGCUAAGCCAGUUUUUGAUCCCCUUAAUGCCUUCUAUGACCAUGAUAUGUAAGAAGAAGAAAAAUUAGAAAUUAACAGAUUUAGCAAAAGAUAUGAAUAAUCUUAGUUGUAAGAGGAAAGAUAUAUAAAUAUAUAUAGCAUAUGUAUACAUACAUCACUUAAAAGACAACUAGAUAUACAAGUUAUGUACCUUAAAUUACAGGCAUGUUGGUUUGGUACAUGUUAGGAAGCAUACAUGUACUAGAAAAGAAGAGGGUUUUGUACUUAUUAAACUGUUUCUAUCUAUAAUUAUUAGUACUACUAUUCUUUAUA